AUGCAAACCGUAGAAGAAGGCAGUGGCAGCGAAGACCAAAACGCACGCGUUGAAGAAACAGAAACUCCUUUAGAGAUAGAGAUUUCAAACCUACGUCGACGCUGGGAACUCGCUUCCGUUCUCAAUUUCCUCGACGUGUUUAGUCCAAUACUUGGUAAGGAUUUGAAGGUUUCAGCUGAAGAAAUUGAGAUCGGACUUGUUAAGCCUAAUGCUGCACUUGCUCACCUUCAUAUUCAACUUUUAAAGGGAACACCACCAGUGAGCAAAUUACUGAAUGAUUCUGAUAAAUGGGUGACUGCUCUCUCUAAGAAACUGACUAUGUGGUGGCCAUGGGUAGCUGAGGGCAAGAAUCCACUUGUACCAUCUAAAGGAGAGGAGAUAUCGAAGUACAAGGAGCUUGAUCCAUUGGAUCGUUUACUACUGCUAAAAGCCAUUUGUGAAGUUAGAGCUGAUCAACAUGAUGUGGUAUCAUAUAUUAAUGAUUCUCUAAAAGAAGGAACAGAAAUUUCUUCUUUUCGUAAAAAUGCCUUUGGAAAAGUUGGAACUAGCACAACAUAUUGGUACGAUGCCAACACCAAAGCUCAGAGUCACAGAUUGUACAGGGAAACAAUCACAUCAGUCUCAACUCCAAACCGUAAGGUCAAAGGCUGUUUGUCACUUCCCAACUUUCAAUGGGAAACACUUGCCUCCAAUCUUGAAGAAUUUUCAGAAGUAGCUGAAAGAUUAUCAUCUAGCAAGUCUCCCGUGGAAGUUUUUAUCGGCAAGAAGCUUCAAAGUGAAGCUAUUCCUGUUCUUGAUAAACUUCAAAAGAAGAAAGAAAAAGCAAUGAAACAAAAACAGAGACAGGAUAAGCUCUUAAAAGAUUUUCAGAACUCUUAUUCUUCUGGAAAUGCACGCUCUUGUCGCACUCGAAGGCCUGUUAAUUACAGUUUUGAGGCUUAUGAUCGAACCAUGAAGGAGGCUAUACAGUUGACAAACAAAAGGAAAAAGUCCCCUGCUGCCAAUCAAGACAGGAACAAAGGAUCUGAAGAUGACUCUACCAUGGAUGUAUCGUCAGACAGUGAUGAUUCUAAUAGAGAUGUGCCCCCUAUAUCUGAGAGUGAUGAUUCUGGUUAUGAAAUUGAGAAUCACAGUAGUAGCGAGGAGAAUGAUGAACAUGACAGGGAGAUGGAUGAUUCAGAAGCACACUCAAGUGAUGCAGUUUCUUAUCCCAAGGGGGUUCGCUGUAGUAAGCGAUUAGCUGGAGUCCCUGGCCAUACUGUUCCAGAAAGCAUAGGCUUGGCUGCGAAGCAAAGAGUGAGACAGAGACCAACCCGAAAUACUGCCAUAGAAUCUACUGUUGUAUCUGAUUCAGAGGACGAACCUCAUGAAGGGAAGACAGAUCUUUCUGAUUCUACAUAG